AUGGCGGCUUUCAUUGCUGCCAACCACCCGGCAACGGCGCCCGAGGUCUGUGAGCAGGCUGUGGACCAGCUGCUGGAGGCCACCCGCACCAGCUUCGAGCUGCUGACGCCCCUGUCGCUGGCUGCCGGCCGCGGCUCUCCCGCCGCCGUGCUGGCGGGGCAGGCCGUACAGACCGGCGAGGCGGCGGCCUAUGCUUUUGGUAACGAGCGGCUGCCGCUGAUGAAUGCCAUGCACGGCAGCCUGAUGCACCCUGGAGAGCUGGCGGCAGCGGAGCGCUUUGCGCGCGACGUGCAGCAGCGCAUGCUGGCGGCGGGGAUGCCGGCCGGCGCCGCCGAAAGCGUGCGGGUGGCGGUGACUGUGCACCCUCAGCUGGAGCCCUUCAUCUAUUCCCAGCCCAUGGUGUUCAAGACAGGCGACGAGUGGGUGGUGCACUGCACCGUGCACCCUCACUGGGACUACUACCAGCCGGGCAUGGAGAGCAUGCGCCAGCCCAUGUCGCCUGUCUACUCCCUGAAGCUGAAGAAAGGAGAGGCGGUGGCGCGGGCCAUGGGGCUAGAGGGCGGCAGCGAUGCUGUGGUGAGCGCCGCCGAGGCGAACGAGGCCACGCUGCAGCAGGCGCUGGCGGAGGCGCCGCCGCUGUUCCUGGAGACGGAUGUGACCCCUGAGAUGAAGACGCCACUGGACUGGAUCAACGGGCCGCUCAAGUUCGAGCCGGCGCCAGGCAGCGUGGCCACCCUGGAGGUCACCGCGCCCAGCCUGUCCACGCCCACCGGCCAGCUGCCAGCCUACGACCGCGGCCCAGGCCGCUUCUCGGGCAACCACUACAUAAAAUGCUUCAGCCCGGCCUGGAUGCACGAGUGGAUCGCCAUAGAGGGGCUGCGCCGCUGA